AUGGACGCCGCAGCCUACUUGACAAAUCAAGGCUGGCGAGGUGAUGGCCAUGCACUUCAUCAUUCAGGCCGAGGAAUUACAAAGCCCAUUCAUAUAUCCCAAAAGGCGAAUGUCCUCGGCGUUGGGAAGAAACAGCAUGAUGCCCACGCCGAUCAAUGGUGGGCGAGAGCCUUUGAUGAUACGCUGAAGGGGCUGAAUAAUACGAAGAAUGAGGCAACGGGGAAGACGGAAGGAAUAGCGUUUGGCUCUGGUGCCCAAGCGCUGCAAAUGGUGGGGGUUGGAGGGGCGAAGUGGGUUGGGCAGGGCGGUCUCUACAGCAAUUUUGUGAGAGGAGAGAGUUUGAAUGGUACUUUGACACCUGAAGAGAACGAUCACCGGGAGACACAGUCACAGUCAGAGGACCAGAGGAAACAGGAGAGGGGCAGCAACGAUGUGGAUCUCACUGCGGCUGCGGUGAAGGAUGUUAAAAGGAGCAAGAGAAAGCGACGGCACCAAGAGGCGGAAGACAUUGCUGAAUUUUCCAAAUUGGUAGCUGUUGAUGCAGUUCAACAAGAUCCCAAGGAUGUUGGGAGAGAGGAAGAAUACCAAAAGCUACGGGAGAGACCGAAAGAUACGGAGACCAACGAACAACGACGGCAACGAAAGAGAGAAAAAAAGGCUAGGAGAGCUCUGGAAGCUGGUCAGAGCCGUGAGCUGCCAGAACAGCCUUGGUCAACUGCUAGCAAUGAUAUUUCGACGUCAGACAGACCCAAGAGGCGAAGCAAGGAACAGCUGCACAAAGCCGAGGAUGCAGAACCCGUUGCAACGAGGCCUCGCAAUGCGUCGCAGGAUGUGAAGAGAAAGGGCAAAAGCGGGAAGCGACGACGAGCGGCAGAUACUCAGUGCACCUCCUGA